CCGGAAGUGACGUAAAUUUACUUCGUAUUUGAAAUUACAAAUUUUGCUUUGACAGAACAAACAUCCAAGAGUGUAGAAUAUUGUGUUUAACCCUUCCUCUGGUGUAGAUAUCAGAUUGGUAGGAGUUUAUGUUUCUCAACAUAUAGCAGUAAUGGAUAGACUUCAAUGUACGUUGGCAGUAGAAGAGCUGACAAAAGCUGGAGAUGUCCAAAAAUCCAGCGUCCACAAAAACGUUUUCCUUUCGGUCGGACGCAAUGAAUUCAGAGAUGUUGUAGUGAAGGUGGAACUUCAGAAAAAAGAAAUGAAAUUUGCUUUGCGAGAGUUGCAAAUUCACAAAAAAUUUGCAAAGGAUGGAAAGUCCACGAUUAAAAUUCCUGACAGAAACUUAAAUAUAUUGAUUAGCAACUGCCCGCCUGAUAGGUUGAUAUAUUUCUUAAAGCUGGUAAGUACCAAGUUCGAAUGUGGAAAAAUGAAAGGCUUUAUAUCAGAGAGGAAGAAGCUAUUAUCUGAUGUUCCAAAAUCGUUUGAAGAAAUCAGCCCAUUAACAAUCAAAGACUUGAAAUCUGUGUAUGAGGCAAGAGCUAAAGAAUUUGAGUCCAAGCCAGAGUUGUUUACACCAAAGGGAAAAGGUGUCAAAAAAAGAAAAAGACCCCACCAGGAUGAUGAUAAAGAGAACUGUAACAUCCAGAAAAGUAAGCUGACUUGUAACGGUUUGAACCCAUCUAGCAUUGCUCUACCUGUUAAGGCUAAGCUCAGCAAGGAGCAGAACACGAUUCUGGAUGCUGUCGUCAGAGGGAAGAAUGUGUUUUUCACAGGGAGUGCAGGAACUGGGAAAUCAUUCUUGAUGAGGAAAAUAAUUGGUUCCCUUCCACCCCAGCACACUUUUGCCACGGCUAGUACAGGUGUAGCUGCCUGUCACAUAGGAGGAACUACAUUACAUGCCUUCGCAGGUAUAGGUUCAGGAUCUGCCCCUCUAGAGCAAUGUGUUCAACUGGCUUCACGUCCGCAGAUUGCACAGCAGUGGAGAAAGUGUCACCAUCUUGUCAUUGAUGAAAUCUCAAUGGUGGAUGGUGCAUUCUUUGACAAACUAGAGACAGUAGCUAGAGUAGUGAGGAAAAAUGACAAUCCUUUUGGGGGGAUCCAGCUCAUCAUCUGUGGAGAUUUUUUACAGCUCCCUCCAGUUACCAAAGGAACAGACAAGAAAAUGUUCUGCUUUCAGGCAAAGUCCUGGUCACGGUGCAUUCAAGUCAACUUGGAACUAAAGGAAGUGCGACGUCAGAAUGAUUUGUCUUUCAUCAACAUCCUACAAAACAUCCGUCUCGGAAAGUGCAGCGAAGAAAUGUACCAGAUACUGAAAAAAACUGCAAACCACGAGAUACACAAAAAUGGUAUCCUAGCAACCCGACUGUGUACUCACAAAGAGGACGUCAACAAAAUCAACCAGUAUCACCUGAGUAAAUUAGAGGGCGAGGAAAAGACAUUUUUGGCAGUGGAUGGGGAAGAAGGCUAUCAAAGCCAGCUCGAAGUUCUCUCCCCUGUUCCCAAAAGCGUUGUCCUUAAAGUUGGUGCUCAGGUGAUGUUAGCCAAAAAUCUGGAGGUUCAGCGGGGACUCGUAAAUGGAGCGCGAGGGGUAGUGGUGGGAUAUGACAAGAAGAACCAAGACUACCCAGUGGUGAGAUUUGCAUGCGGUGAACAGGAAGUGAUCCGUCCAGUGCGAUGGACUUUUAAGUUGUCUGGAACUGUUUACGUCAGCAGGAGGCAAUUACCCCUUAAACUGGCCUGGGCGAUAUCGAUACACAAGUCUCAGGGAAUGACCUUGGAUUGUGUAGAGAUGUCCCUAGCCAAGGUCUUUGAGGCUGGGCAGACGUAUGUUGCUCUGUCCCGAGCCAAGAGUCUGGAUGGACUCAGAAUCCUGGACUUCGAUAGAUCUUGUGUUCAUGCUAAUCCAGACGUUCUCCGUUUUUAUCACAAGCUGGAGCUGACCAGGAAGAUGAUGCAAGUUUCAUUAAAUGAUUGCUGGUGAACUCUUUUAGAAUGGAGGUAAAAUUGUCCAUAAAAAUUGUUGAUAUUCUCAGGAAUCCUUUGCGAUCUGAAGGAGCAGAUUUAUGCACAAUUGCCAGUAAAUUUGUGAUAUUCAUUUUGUACUAUUUACAUCAAUCUAAACAUCUCACUGAGGUGUGUCGAUCUCAGAUAUAGAGUAGUAUGUCUGUUCUUUCACAUUGUGACAUAAUUGUGGUUUGUGUGACUGUGUACCAAAAGUGUAGUUAUGUUUGAUACAAAUGUAAACCAUUCUUCUCAAACAUAUUGAAUGCAAUUCAUGUCAUAAAUUUUGAGUUCAUGUUCAAGAAUUAUGAUUUACAAUUUCACAUUACUAGUACCAUGUUUUAUUCAAUUUUUAUUAUUUUUCAACUUGCAUGACAAAAAUCAUGAGCAAUAAAUUGUAAAAAGCA